AUGCCGCCACAGCGGCUGGAUAACCUCCCUUUUGAUGUGUUCUACCAGAUCGCAACCUCGCUGGACGACCGUGAUUGUAUUCAUCUCAGUCGUACCAAUCGUAUCAUCUAUGAUUCCAUGCAAAGCGAGCUCAUCGCGAGAAAAACCGUCGAGAAUGUCCUACGAUAUAGCAAGGAAGGCUCCAUAGCCUUGCAGGCUCAGGCCGGUUAUCGCAAGGCUGUCUCCCAUCGCUUUGACAUCAACGAGGCGGUCGCCACGGCCACCCCUUACUCCGUUUCUGUCUUGGCCUAUGCCUCCGAUUUUCUUUAUCAACAAGGCGUACUUUGCUAUCGGGUCGGGCAGGAAAUUCGUCUGCUGGACGUUCAUCGGGCAGCCCAGCGUGAACGUGUCCUCAAUCUCCACGAUGUUCUUCGUCGCUUGGAAUCCAGCCCAAUGGACAGGGAUGCUGCCGAACGGGUCAAACUGAUCCACUAUCAUGACGGUAUUGUCAUCUUACGUGUGAUCAACGAUAAUGCUUUGGGUGAUAGCUUACUGGCCAUUGACAUGGAACGCCAUCCCGGCCAUACUAGACGAAGACGCUUACUUCUGCAGGCGGUUGUGCCCUCUAAUGUUCCCAUCUUUGUGCGAAAUAGUCGCUCGUAUAUGUGGUAUGGAUGUUUUACAGCCUCUGCUGCUAACUCCGACGGUGUCUGGUCGGUCUGGGGUGUGGAUCUUGUUACACUGGAGAAGAUCGAUGUUCCAUUGGACCGUGUAGUCGACGGCGAUCUAGGCCAGACGCUAUGCUUCGAGAUGUAUAAGGAACAUCUAUAUGCCGUCUCUACACAAGUCGCGUCAAAUGAUGACGAGCGCUUCUCUUCUUUCUACCAUUGGUUCUGUCAUGCUCCCCGGCAGGAGAGUCAACAGUGGAAUGACCGUAUCUGGCGCCGUGAACACCGCGAAGGUCCCAUCAAUGAGAUGUGGACAGACUUGUCGAUCCGUACCGAUGAGGAAACUGGUAAUCCAGUGAUCAUCGAAUGUCGCCGGGAAUGGCGUCAUGGCAAGAGCGAGAAUCACCGAACAACCUAUAUCCAGCCUCUUCCGACGCCAACAGAAGCAGCCGAAGCAGAAUUAAGACGUUCACCAUGGGUGACUGACAACGAGGACGAAGAUCAGAACAAUAACGAGGUCCAGAAUGAUAAUGUUAAAAAUACCUCAGAUCAUGACACACAUGGCCAAUCCUUUGAUGAGCGGCCUGAAAAGCGGCUACGCCGCAACUAUCAUGCCGAAUACGAGCAUGACCAAAACAGCAGACAAGAAUUUAUUGCCGCGCGCACCAAAUACCGCAGCUACCACUUAUCUGCGGCAACAUUUAUAGAUCUAGUCAACGAUCCUGCCCCGGAGGCAGACGGGCUCCGAUCUCGCGACCGGAUUCGCCUACGAACAGUCUCACGCAAACGCAAGUGUCCCAUCGACGAAGAAGAAACCGGCCUACCGAAGCCGACGGUCGCCCAGUCGAGGGAUCAGAAGAACGUUUCUCCUGCCGGGGCGUUCACCUCUGGCCUGCAGAAGACUCACCGAGUGAACUCACCCACCUGCUUUGCCCCGACACUCGCGCCGGAUCCGUACAUGCUAUUUCCGACGAGCGUUCUCUUCUAUACUCCAUCUCUUCCCCGGGGUCUGCCGCUUGGUAACCAAGCUUUGAUUCUGAUCAGCUUUGAUCCCAAGAUCCGAUUCCCUAAUCUUCCUUCCCUCCGCUCGUUGAAAACGCCGAUUACGGGGGAUAUUUUCCCUGUCGAUAUUCCUGGCCCUGGGCCUGCGUCUAGUGGCUCACUUAUACGCGAGGCCAGACCUCUUUAUCAGGCCAUUGGUCGUGGAUAUUGGCUGCGAUGA